GAAUUCUUGACCGUUGGUUGGCGCGUUUGUUCCGUUCUUUGCCGUUAGUCUGAUCGGUUAAAUAUUGAGGAAAUGUGGUGCCCCGGCCAGAUAGGACUAGUUCUGGUUAUACUGACGCUGGUUCUUCAGGUGCUUUGCCAAGAUGGACAGCCAUGCUACAACUCGAACGGAGCGUCCGGUGUGUGCAGAAGCAUCACAUCAUGUCCCUCGUCGUUCCAGCUGAACAUCAAUCCCUUUAGCCUUUUCGGUGGAUCACAGCGUGGAUGUCAGAACUUUUUAGGCAUCGGAAGCGUAUGCUGUUCGAAUGGUUAUCAGGCUACGACACCACCGGUUAGUGCAGAUAACCCGGUCAUCAGACCCCAGGCUCCAGCUAACGCGCAGACCACCCAGGGCUCACCGAGAACAACGACACCCCGAGCAAACGUCGGAUUGGAGUGUACGGACGCCAAGGGCCGUGUGGUACCGUGCAGUUCCGGUGUUUCGACGACUCCGAAACAGACCACCACACAAAGGACCACAACCACCGCGCCUACCACGACUGUCCGCGUAACUACCAUUCGCACAACGACACCGAUUAUCCUGCAAACGCGGCUUAGCAGUGAGCCAAAGUUCGACAAACCGGCGGUUCUACCGACCCUGGAAACCGGCUGCGGUCUUAGCGAUGUCGAGCACAACCGUGUCGUUGGUGGUGUACCGGCUGCCCUGCACGGUUGGCCCUGGAUGGCACUGGUAGGCUACGAGAACAGCCUGGGAGAGGUUGAGUUCCGGUGCGGCGGAUCACUGAUCACCGAUCGGCACGUGCUGUCAGCGGCACACUGCAUUCUGGCCUCAUUAACCACAGUACGGCUAGGAGAACACGAUCUGAACAAUCAAACCGAGUCCGCUCAUGUCGAUGUUCCGGUGUACAAGUACCUUUCCCACCCAUCUUACGAUACCUUCGAUGGGCACUCUGAUCUUGCAAUACUGUUUCUAUCGGAAACGGUUCAAUUUAACGACGCCAUGAAACCCAUCUGCCUGCCCUAUUCGGAACCGGUUCGGAGUAAGGAUUUCACCGACUAUAACCCGUUCAUUGCGGGUUGGGGCCGCACGGCGGAGAUCGGAUUCGAAGCGACCGUGCUACAGGAGCUGCAGAUCCCGAUACUGACCAACGAUGAGUGCAUGCAGCUGUACAAGAAGAUUGGCAAGCUGUUCACACGGAAGCAAUUCAACGAUGCCGUUCUGUGUGCUGGCAUACUCGAAGGCGGCAAGGAUUCGUGCCAGGGGGACAGCGGCGGACCGUUGAUGUUGCCGUAUGCGAUCAACAAGAAGUUUCACUACUUCCAGAUAGGCAUCGUCUCGUACGGUAUCGGUUGCGCACGGGCCAAUCUUCCUGGGGCAUAUACGCGCGUUGCCACGUUCGUCGAUUGGAUAAUCAAGCAAGUGACUGCUUCGUAAAAGACGGCGAGCCAGCAGAGAGGAGUGCAACGUACGCCCAGUUUAGUAUAUUAAAAUCCAGUAAAUAUAUAUAUAUUUUUUCCUUCAAACUAACCACUGUGGUUUUUGUGACAAAAAGUGUAUGAAAAGUUAAAAAUAUAAUCAAUUUCUGUGGUACUGCAGUUACCAUGCAGCAUUCUCUAUCUUCCGCUAUCUAGGCUAGGCAAUUUAGCACCGAUUUUCGCUUUACAAAAAAAAACCAUAAGCAUUUCGCGUACAGUCGUCCUUGGGUUGGAUGCGCCGGAACGCACAGGUCUAAAUUCCGCGUUCUGUGCAAGGGGUGCGUAACAAGAAGCGUCGCGCAUACCCGUAGUUACAGGUAAACCACCCGCUAAACGAGCGCCUGAUCCGACAGCAUGGAGCGAUAAAUUAUAUCAAAAUAAAAAACGACAUAUUACUGACUGAUCGUUAAUAACCUGCCACGAUAAGCUGCCUAUACCCGAUUCUCAACGCUGUAUCCUGCCGUUACUACCACGUGUUGCGGUUUUGAUUGGCUUGUUGGCCCUUUACAUCGUUAACACACACGCAGACCCUUUGUUCGGAAGCACAUUUAAAGCUAGUUAUUAACGUUUCGUUAUUAUUUUGGUUAAUAGACACUGGGACACUUCUUCCUCCUUCCUUGGUUAUUGGCUAAUUGUUACGCUUGUAAUUAUUAAUUAUUUGCUUUGCAGUUGUAACAACAUUUGCAUUGUGAUGCAUUCUGUUCCUCCGCUCUCUUCUGCACCGUUGAUCGUUUCGUUUAUCUUGCAGAAAAAUGCUAUCGCAUGUAUUGCGCUUCGUCCUUAACUUGUUAAAAUUAUUGUUCUACAUCCGGGCACAUCUUGUUUCACGAUUCCUUCGGUUGGCUCGUCGUUUGCUUCUUUUGAUUUGUUUUUUCUUUUGUAUACGAUACAGUUCCACGGGGGCAUGUGGGGCUUGGCACUAGCAACAGCUAGCUAGAUAUGGGUGUGUAAGUCUUUUCUUAUCAUGAUACCGAUACUCGCAUUUCAUUCUGUCGUGAAAUCUUUACUCUGUAGCUCGAUGGGUCUUAAGCUGCCUGAUACGAGAUUUGUGAACCGACAUAUUCACUGUUUGCUCCUCCUACCCAGGAGGUGAUAUCGUCGUUAAAUGUUGCAUUUAUCGUCUGCUGACCCUUUCUGUCGUAUGAUGUGGUGUGUGUCGGUGUGAUGCGGGAUGUAAGAAUUAAGCAAAUG